UCUCUCUCUCUGUCUCUCUCUCUCUGCGCAUCAACGGCAACAAACACAAUGCAAAUCCACACACUCACUCAUUCACCUACUCCAAUCCACCACAAUGCGAAGAAUCUGAAGCGACUCUCUCAACCAUUCCCGAUUCGACUCCGACCGCCAUCUCUCUUCCCCGCCGCGCUCAAACCUCCGUCUAGCAUCUCUCUCGAGCCUUCCAAUCCGCGCAUCUCCCCGCCGACGCAUCCUCGGCGCCGCUUCGUGACUCCGUGCCUCGGCAGUUCGAGCCAAGAGCUCCUCCAUGAUGAGCCUACGGUCGCCGUCGGGAGCCACGGCAACGGUGCGCUGGCUGUGCCGAGUGAAGAAGAAAAGCCCCAAGUGGCGGGAGUUGGCAAGGAGGAGGAGGAUCUGGCGACGAAGAGCCUGUGGAGCCAAAUUAAGGAGAUCAUGAUGUUCUCUGGGCCGGCGACUGGUCUGUGGAUCUGCGCACCAUUGAUGAGUCUCAUCUCGACUGCUGUGAUCGGCCAGGGAAGCUCCACGGAGCUCGCCGCUUUAGGUCCUGGGACGGUGUUCUGCGACAACAUGAAUCUUCUGUUCAUGUUCCUGUCGAUUGCUACAUCGAAUAUGGUUGCCACAUCACUUGCAAAAGGGGACAAGAAAGAUGUUCAGCAUCAAAUCUCCAUCUUGUUGUUCGUUGGAUUGACAUGUGGGACGCUGAUGCUUUUGUUCACCCAAUUCCUCGGAUCACAAGCACUCACUGCUUUCGCAGGGGCAAAGAAUGUACACAUUGUACCUGCAGCAACCAAAUAUGUUCAGAUCCGAGGACUAGCAUGGCCUGCAAUCCUUUAUGGCUUGGUCGCUCAAAGCUCGAGCCUUGGCAUGAAGGAUUCCAUGGGCCCCUUGAAGGCUCUAUUAGUGGCCAGUGCUGUAAAUGGAAUGGGUCACUUAGUCCUGUGCAAAAUGUUGGGUUAUGGUAUUGUCGGUGCCGCUUGGGCUACAAUGGCUUCACAGAUUGUUGCGGCAUAUAUGAUGAUCGAAGCUCUGAACAAGAAAGGUUUUAACAGCUUUGCCGUGUCUGUUCCAUCACCCAGCGAAUUUCUUCACUUAUUUGGGAUAGCCGCUCCAGUUUUUGUUACCAUGUUUUCAAAGGUGGCUUUCUACUCGCUCAUUACGUACUUUGCCACAGCCAUGGGCACACACAUGGUUGCAGCUCACCAGGUCAUGAUACAAAUGUACAGCAUGUGCAUGGUAUGGGGCGAGCCCCUCUCUCAAACUGCACAGUCGUUUAUGCCUGAGUUGAUGUAUGGAAGAACCCGAAGCUUAGAAAAGGCCCGAAUGCUGCUGAAGUCUCUUAUGAUUAUCGGAGGGAUUCUGGGACUAGUAAUAGCUGGUAUUGGAGCUUCUGUUCCUGGUUUGUUCCCCAAUAUUUUCACAUCGGAUCCUAAUGUCAUACAGCAGAUGCACAAAGUCUUGCUUCUGUUCUUUGUUGCCAUAUUUGCAACACCUUGCACUCAUAGCCUCGAGGGAACGUUGUUGGCUGGACGAGAUUUCAAAUUUGUUAGCUUGGCGAUGAGCGGUUGCUUCUCUCUUGGUGCCCUUCUGCUUAUGCUCGUAAGCAGCAGAGGAUACGGUUUGCCAGGCUGCUGGGGUGCACUCCUAGUGUUUCAAUGGGCUCGAUUCUUCCUUGCUCUCCAGCGUCUCCUCUCCCCCACAGGAAUACUUUAUUCCGAGAGCUCGACUCAGUUUCAAGUAGGGAAGUUGAAAGCCACUUAAUUUCUGCAACAUCCCCGUGAAUUUAUAUACGAAUUAGCGGAAUUCGAAGGAAGAGCGAAUGACAGGUUCUUGCUUUUGCUACAAGACCCUAACAGCUUCCUGGAAGGCAUUUGUACUCUCCGGACUCCAAAUGGAUAAGGAGGCUCUCAUUCUUUAGUACCGGAUGGCCGAGAGAAGGACAUAAGUGAGCCCUGCUUUUGGACCUGUGCUUUUGCCCCUGCAAGGGGAGUAAAGUAUGAUAGAUCCAUUGGUUUUGCACGUCAAUUUGUAAUGCCCAAGUGUAUUCUCUUCUGUAAGGUCCCAUAGGGAACAAAAAAAUUACACUAAUUGUUCUUGGAGUUCUCGGAAGAAAACCUUGAACCAUGUACGCACUAUGCAGUCAGAAGAAACUUCUGAUGAAGUGACAAGCGUAGGAAUGAACAUCAACCGUUAGGGCCUUUUAUGGAUAUUAAUUAGUAAUUAUUAAUUAAUAGGUGGUCAUAAUAAAAUAUUAGAGCAACAAUGUAGCUUUUGAGUACUUUUUUUCCCUCUUUCCCGAAAAUUCUAAAAUAUCAAAGUCACCAAGAGAGAGGAAGCCAAAUCAAAACCCUGAAUUGACCUUUCUUUCUUCUCGUUGUCAAUCUUAAAAAGGAAAUGUGGAAUGACCUUAGUAGUCCUUGAACUUAACUUCAUUGUUCAAUAUCUUCCUGAACUUUUUUAUUUUGUUCAAUCUCGUUCCUGAAUUCUGGAUGUCAUUGCAGAACCAGGGAAUUCUGGGGAAAACCAUUGCAUAGCUUAACAUUGACAAUAAUCUCUCUCACUACUACUAUUACCCAUUUGGGAGUGAAGAAGAGGCAAAAUAGGAAAUGACAGAAGACAGUGGCGUUAUGUGCCCCUUCGAAUCUCACAUCAACAGCUGAU